GCUUCCGACUGUCAGCUGAUGAUACUAGAUUCCUAGAUUCAUUGUUUUUCUGUAUAGUUUAGAGAUAAUAUAUAUAUAAGAUUGUAAAAAGACAAGCAAAACAUAUCUACAUGUCCGCCUGGACCCAUAAGCAUGAAAAGAAAUAAAGGGAAAGUUGUUACGACAGAAAGAGAGUUUCGCUUUGAGUUCAAGGCGGGGAAACAGUCCUGUGUUCUCAGCGUGCCUGUGGAAUUCCCUGUGCAAGACAAUGCCUGUGAUCUGCAUGGACGGCUUAUGCUGCUCCACAGUUUACCUUGCUUUGUCGAAAAAGAUUUAAAGGAUGCCCUUAGCAAGUUUAUAGAAGAGGAGACCAAUAAGGAUUAUGACAGAGAAGCUGACUUAGCCCUGGAAAGGCUCCUAACAGGAGAAGUGGACACUGACCUCUUGACCAAUGCUUGGGCAAAGGCAUAUUCUGAUACGACACUGGAGCAUGCUAGACCUGAGGAACCCAGCUGGGAUGAAGACUUUGCUGAUGUUUACCAUGACCUGAUCCAUUCUCCAGCCUCGGAGACUUUGCUGAACCUGGAGCACAACUACUUUGUCAGCAUUUCUGAGCUCAUCGGAGAGAGGGACAUGGAGCUGAAGAAAUUGCAAGAAAGACAAUCUUCAGAAAUGGAUACAGUGAUGAAGGAGCUGGGAAAUACUGUAAGUGAUCAGGAUGUAAAUGCGGUUGCCUCUCAGCAUUUUGACUCUCAACAGGUACUGGAGAAUAAAUGGGCCAGUGAAUUGAAACAGCUGACUACCAUUCAGAAACAAGAAUACCAGGAAUGGGUGAUCAAACUUCACAAGGACUUACAGAACCCUAACAACAGCUCCAUCAACGAGGAGAUUAAGGUGCAACCGAGUCAGCUGAGGGGAUCACAGGAAGCCAACAAGAGGCUGUAUGAGGAGCAGAUACAGCUGGAAGAAAGCUUUACAAUCCACCUAGGUGCACAGUUAAAGACAAUGCAUAAUUUACGACUGCUGAGAGCUGAUGUGCUGGAUUUUUGCAAACACAAGCGCAGCCAUCGCAGUGGAGUGAAGCUGCACCGACUCCAGACUGCCCUCUCCCUCUACUCCACAUCUCUAUGUGGUCUGGUUUUACUGGUGGAUAACCGCAUCAACUCAUACAGCGGCAUUAAGAGAGAUUUUGCCACAGUGUCACAGGAAUGCACUGAUUUCCACUUCCCUCGACUGGAGGAGCAGCUGGAGGUGGUCCAGCAGGUGGUGCUGUAUGCCAGAGCCCAGAGGAGCAGCAAGCAGAAAGAUCAGCCCGAUUUGCCCAGAAAUGGUGGUAAUGACGACAAGUCCAAGAACAUAGAAAGAAACCCCGCCAACAUUCUCCCAGGCGAAUUCUAUAUCUCUCGGCAUUCCAAUCUCUCAGAGGUGCAUGUCGUUUUCCAUCUGUGUGUGGACGACAAUGUGAGGUCAGGGAACAUCACAGCACGUGACCCUGCAAUAAUGGGGCUCAGGAAUAUCCUCAAAGUCUGUUGCACCCACGAUUGCACCACAAUCAGCAUCCCACUGCUGCUGGUGCAUGACAUGUCUGAGGAGAUGACAAUACCUUGGUGUCUCAAAAGAGCAGAAUUGGUAUUUAAAUGUGUCAAAGGCUUUAUGAUGGAAAUGGCAUCCUGGGAUGGUGGCAUCUCCCGCACAGUGCAGUUCCUUGUACCACAGAGUAUCUCAGAGGAAAUGUUCUACCAGCUGAGCAACAUGCUUCCACAAAUCUUCAGAGUGUCCUCGACUUUGACCCUGACCUCCAAGUGAUGACAUCACAAGGAGAACAGCUCAGAACAACAGAACUGGAGGAGUUAGCUUUCCAGGUUUAAAGACUUACUAGUUGUUAACCCUCACAAACUAGUGUUUUGGAUCAUACAUCACUACAUGGUCCAGUGGUUAAAGAAAAGGGCUUGAUAUCAGGAGGUUCUUAGUUCAAAUCCUAGCUUAGCCACAUCCUUUUACUCUAGUCUCUGUAAGUUGCUUUGGAUAAAAAUGUCUACUAAAUAAUAAUAACCACCUUAUCCAGGCUCAGUAUUGUGUGUCAGGACCAAAUAUAUUUUCCCUGCCAGGAAGCAGUGUUCCCAUAUAAUGGCAAUGGUCAGUCUGACUGAUUUCCUGUUUAAUGAAUUUCGCGUACAAAUCCUCAACAAAUUUAUUUCUGGACUGCUUGGAAGAGCCAGGUUUAAGCAGACCCAGGAACGAGAGGGUACCUAGUUUGUAAUCCUAAUGUCCUGUCAUUGUACUGAGUUGUCUAGAUAUGUAUAUUUGUAUGUUAUGAUGUCUGUUCUGAAAAUGAAAUCAAAUUAUAAUAUGUAUGCCAUUGUGGAUACAUUUACUGGUGUGCUCUAAAUAAAUAUUUAAACUUUACACAGCAACAAUUUUCCAGAUUGAUAGCAGAAACAUGUUUUUGUUUUGUUUCAUUUUAGCAAUGCGCUAUUAUAAGUUUCUGUUUUCCCCCAGGUCUUUUCUACUGUUUUAUUGGAUUAGAUGCUGAAAAUGUGGGAUGUCCAUUAAAAAUUACCAUUUGGAGGGGACUCCCAAGUGACGCAUCCAGUAAAAGCGCUCCAUGUGGAGUGCAGGAUGUGCCCUAUAAUAUGGGGAUCACAGGUUCGAGUCUAGGCUAUGUCACAGCUGACCGUGUCCAGGAAUUCCUAGGGAGUGGCAUACAAUUGGCCGAGCGCUGCCCAGGUAGGGAGGGCUUAGGUCAGCAGGGGAAUCCAUGGCUCACCACACAUCAG